AAAACCCCAAAAAAUAACGGCUUUGAGAGUUGAGGAUUUAAAAAAAUUAUAGAUCUGGAAUUUUUAAUUGUCUCUGUAAACUCUUCUCGACUGCCAUAGAUUUAGACAAGGCGAUAUAUACACAGUCUCGCUGGUAUAGAAAACCAGUGUCACAAACCCUAGUAGCAUUGGCAGCCAUGGGGUCGAGAAAAAUCUUGAUCUUUGCGAUCGUGACGCUCUUGCUCAUCUGCACAUUCCAGCGGAUGCAUUGUACAGAGAAUGCCGUUAAAAAAGACGUCGAUUCCGAUGAGAUCGACGAGCUAGAGCUUCUGGAGGAUGAAGACGAAAAAACUUCUAGCAAAAUCUCUGAUAAACAUGAAGAAGAAGAAGAAGAAGCCGAAGAGGAGUUUGACAAUUUCGAUGGUGAAGAUGAGAGUGGUUAUGAAAUGCCGGCAGUGGACGAAAAAGAUGUGGUUGUGUUAAAGGAGGGGAAUUUCACCGAUUUCAUCGCUAAAAAUCGUUUUGUCAUGGUCGAAUUUUAUGCGCCUUGGUGCGGACAUUGCCAAGCUUUGGCUCCCGAGUAUGCUGCUGCUGCGACGGAUUUGAAAGGAGAAGUUGCUCUGGCAAAAGUCGAUGCUACGGAAGAAAACGAUCUGGCGGAGAAAUAUAGUGUGCAGGGGUUUCCUACAAUUUAUUUCUUUGUCGAUGGAGUUCACAAGCCGUAUCCCAGUGAAAGAACAAAAGAAGGAAUUGUUAGCUGGAUCAAGCGCAAAACUGGGCCAGCUGUCUUCAAUCUCACCUCAACUCAAGAUGCAGAAGCUCUAGUUGAACCAGAAAAUGCAAUUGCUAUUGGUUUAUUUGAUUCUCUAGUGGGCCCUGCAAAUGAAGAGUUUGCAGCAGCUGCAAGGCUAGAAGAUGAUGUGCUCUUUUAUCAAACUACAAGUGAAAGUGCAGCUGCUAUUCUCAAGAUUGACCCAAAAGCAAAACGCCCAGCACUGGUACUGCUGAAGAAGCAACCAGAGAAAGUGUCGCAUUUUGAUGGAAAGUUUGAGAAAGAUGCCAUAUCAGAAUUCAUCUUUGCAAACAAGCUCCCUCUAGUGACAACCUUCUCCAGAGAAAGUGCUUCUUUGAUAUUUGAGAGUCCUGUAAAAAAACAAAUCCUGCUAUUUGUACAUACAAAGGAUGUUGAAAAGACCAUACCAGUUUUUCAAGAGGCUGCAAAACUUUUUAAGGGGAAGAUUAUCUUUGUCCAUGUUGACUGUGAUAAUGAAGAUGUUGGGAAACCGGUUAAGGACUACUUUGGUGUAACAGAAGAAGAACCCAAGGUAAUGGCAUAUACUGCAUCUGACGAGUCCAAGAAGUAUCUGCUUGAAGAUGAAAUAAAUCUGAGUACUCUCAAGGCUUUUGGAGAAGGUUUCUUGGAAGAUAAGUUGAAGCCUUUCUUGAAGUCUGAUCCUGUACCUGAAAAGAAUGAUGGCGAUGUGAAAAUUGUUGUUGGCAAGAACUUUGAUGAAAUAGUACUGGAUGAGUCAAAAGAUGUACUUUUGGAGAUUUACGCACCUUGGUGUGGGCAUUGCCAAUCAUUGGAGCCUAUAUAUGAGAAACUUGCAAAGCACCUUAGAGGAGUGGAAUCUCUAGUGAUUGCUAAGAUGGAUGGCACGACCAAUGAGCAUGCUCGGGCCAAGUCCGAUGGAUUUCCAACAAUUCUUUUCUAUCCAGCAGGAAAUAAGAGUUUUGAUCCUAUUACAGUUGAUACAGAUCGUACUGUCAAAGCCUUAUACAAAUUUCUGAAGCAAAAUGCAGCCAUCCCAUUCAUGUUGCCAAAGAAAAGCAAUACAGAAAGUGCAAAAUCUUCCUCAGUUAGUAAAGACAAAAAUGCUGCUGACGACCAACCUAAAGACGAGCUAUAAGCUUAUAACUUAAUCUAUCAGUAUUUAUUGACACAAAUAUUCCGACAAAGUGAGUCCAACCCUGAAAUGUUGUUUCAUUUGGGGAUAGAUUGAAGCAAAAUUAUCCACUACAUUCAAUCAAAAGUCACCGAUUUGCCACUAAGUUUUGAAGAAGGUAGAAAUGUUUCUAGGGCACAAUUUUCCAUGGGAGUUUCCCAAAGUUUAUGUUAUGAACGCAAUGUGUCAAGCAUAAAGUAUUUUGAAUUAAUAAUCUACUUAGAAGCCAAUCAAGUGCAACUUAAGAUAUCACAAAAUAAAACAGAGAUUUUGACAUGAGAUUUGACGUAACUUUGAAAUUUUACCAUAGUAUCUUCAAUACCAGAUAGUUUAGAUAAUUUAUUGAGA